AUGACAGACCCUGCCUUUUCUUUGGAUAAUUUGUUUUUUGAAGGACCAGGUACAAAGCAAAAAUAUCUAGAAAAUGAAGAGCCAACAGACUGGUAUCUUGCACCUGUUCCAUCUGCGUUUGAAAUUCCACCUACUCAACAGCUACAAAUGGAAUUGGGAGGGAAUAGCCAAAAAGGCAAAGCCUGUAGGAGUUCAGUUAGUGGAGGCAGCUUAUUUAAACCAACCAAUUAUACAUAUGUAAAUCCAGGCAACAAUGAGAGUACCAAUGCCAAGAGAGGAAUGGACAUGUAUUGUAAUAUUACCAACAACAAAGAAAUGAGGAAAGGAGACCCAUGGAAAAAUAAUAUGCAGUUAGCUCAAGAUUCAGAUUUUAAUCUGCUUAGUGUAAAUGAUAUUUUUUCUGCUUAUGGAAAUGGAAUCGAAAAAGCACAGUCAUUUCCUUCUGUUUCAAAGAAUUUUAGGAUGGAAGGAACUACAGAAAAAGACUUGAUUUUGAGACCUGUGACUGAAAUCCCUGCCCAGUUUAGAAAUAUUUUCAAAGAAUUCCCUUAUUUUAAUUACAUUCAGUCCAAGGCUCUGGAUGAUCUCCUUUACACAGAUAGAAAUUUUGUGAUCUGUGCGCCAACCGGUUCUGGAAAAACUGUGAUAUUUGAGCUUGCAAUUAUCAGGUUAUUAAUCAAAGUGGAAAUGCCUUGGUUAAAUAUUAAAGUUGUAUAUGUGGCUCCAAUAAAAGCUCUCUGCAGUCAGCGUUUUGAUGACUGGAAAGAAAAAUUUGGACCCAUUGGACUUGUCUGUAAGGAACUAACAGGAGAUACGGCAAUGGAUGACUUGUUUGAAAUACAACAUGCUCACAUUAUUCUGACUACACCAGAAAAAUGGGAUAGCAUGACUAGAAAGUGGCGAGAUAACUCUUUAGUUCAACUAGUGAGAUUGAUCCUCAUUGAUGAGGUGCAUAUUGUGAAAGAUGAGAGCCGUGGUGCUACUCUUGAAGUUGUUGUCAGUCGGAUGAAAACUAUUCAGUCUUGUCUUUCACGUGGCUUCGAGAAUCCUGACUCAGUACUCCUCAUGAGGUUUGUGGCAGUUUCUGCCACGAUCCCAAAUGCAGAUGAUAUUGCAGAAUGGCUUUCAGAUGGCAAGGGGCCUGCUGUAUGUCUGAAAAUAGAUGAAAGACACCGACCAGUGAAGCUUCGCAAAAUCGUGCUUGGAUUCCCCUCCAGUAGCAACCAAACAGAAUUCAAAUUUGACUUAACACUUAACUACAAAGUAGCUAGUGUUAUUCAAACGUAUUCUGAACAAAAGCCAACCCUUGUGUUCUGUGCCACAAGGAAAGGAGUACAGCAGGCGGCUUCUGUCCUAGCAAAAGAUGCUAAAUUUAUUAUGAGUCUUGAACAGAAACAAAGAUUACAAAAGUCUGCAAAUUCAGUAAAAGAAGCCAGGCUGAGGGAUCUCUUGACCUAUGGAGUAGCUUAUCAUCAUGCUGGAAUAGAGGCAUCUGAUAGAAAAAUAAUUGAAGCAACUUUCAAUAUGGGAGUCUUGCCAGUUCUUUUUACUACAAGUACACUUGCUAUGGGUGUAAAUUUACCAGCUCACCUGGUUGUUAUAAAAUCAACAAUGCAUUAUGUUGGAGGAAUGUUUCAGGAAUACAGUGAAACGGACAUUUUGCAAAUGAUUGGGCGAGCAGGAAGACCUCAAUUUGAUACAACAGCCACAGCAGUUAUUAUGACAAGGAUAAGUACUAGAGACAAGUAUGUUCAGAUGUUAAAUGGUGCAGAUACAAUAGAAAGCAGUCUGCACACACAUCUCAUUGAACACUUAAAUGCUGAAAUUGUGCUCCACACCAUCACGGAUGUGAACAUAGCUUUGGAAUGGAUACGAUCAACUUUCCUUUACAUCAGAGCUUUGAAGAAUCCAGCUCACUAUGGUUUUCCAGCUGGAUUGGACAGAAAAGGAAUUGAAGCAAAAUUGCAAGAAUUAUGUUUGAAGAACUUGACUGAUUUAUCUGCAUUUGAUUUGAUCAAGAUGGAUGAUAAACUCUAUUUCAAGCCAACAGAAACUGGACGACUAAUGGCUUGGUAUUAUAUUGCAUUUGACACCAUGAAGAAGUGUUUUACGAUUCAUGGAAACGAGACUUUACAUGAACUGGUCACAUUGAUCUCCAGCUGCAAUGAAUUUUCAGACAUCAAGUUAAGAACAAAUGAGAAAAAAAUACUGAAUACUUUGAAUAAGGACAAGAACAGAAUAAGCAUAAGAUAUCCAAUGGAAGGAAAGAUAAAAACAAGAGAAAUGAAAGUGAAUUGUCUUAUUCAGGCACAGCUAGGAUGCAUUCCCAUACAAGAUUUCACAUUGACACAAGAUAUAGGGAAGAUUUUCAGAAAUGGCAUAAGGCUUACAAAAUGGUUGUCUGAAUUUCUGGCCUCCCGUCAAAACAACUUUAUUGCAUUAUUAAGCUCUCUGAUUUUAGCCAAGUGCUUUAGGUGUAGACUUUGGGAAAACUCGCUGUAUGUAUCUAAACAACUUGAAAAAAUUGGUGUGACACUGUCAAGUGCAAUGAUGGCAGCUGGUCUGGUAUCCUUUGAAAAAAUAGAAGAUAUAAAUGCAAGAGAACUUGAAUUGAUUUUGAAUAGGCACCCUCCUUUUGGAAAUCAAAUUAAAGAAUCAGUAGCACACCUUCCAAAAUAUGAACUUACUGUAGAGCAGCUAACAAAAUACAGUGAAGCCGUAGCUGAAAUUCUAGUGACGGUCAUAUUAAAGAACUUUGAACAGCUACAGACAAAGAGAACUGCCCCAGAUUUUCACUAUGUGACCUUAAUAAUAGGAGAUAAUGAUAAUCAGGUGGUUUUUAAGCAAAAGAUUACGGAUUCCGCUUUGCUGAAAAUUGGAAAUUGGACUAAAAAGGUUGAAGUGAGAAGAGCUGUUAAGUCUGAAGAGCUUAGCAUAAAUCUAAUCAGUUCUGAAUAUGUUGGACUAGAUAUCCAGAAAAAAUUUAAGGCAUUUUAUCUUGGACCAAAGAGGUUUGGAAAUCAAAAGAUGAGCGUACAUGGAACAUUAAAAAGUGAAUGUUCAUCCAAUCAGACUUCCUCAGAAGGAUCAGCAACAGCAGGGAUCAGUAAAGGAGGCCCUCGUAGCCAAGGGAACCUCAGCACGAAGCAUGGGAAUAGGAAAUGCAACCAUCACUGCAAAAAUAAGGAAAUAUGUGGACAUGACUGCUGUAAAAUUGGAGUUUCACAGAAAUAUGAGAUGAGGAAAGAUUCAAAGUUUUCUUCAUAUCUCGCUGAUUUGAGGAACAGAAACACAGAAUCUGCCAUUCCCCCAGCCAAACGAUUAAAGAUGCAGAUGCCAAAUAAAUCUCAAAAAGUGGAUCUUAAACAAUUUGCUUAUACUCCUAAAUCUUUUCUUCCAAGAUUGCCAAGGUAUGUACAACAUUCAGGGUACCCGUUGCUGGAAGAAAGGAAUGAUCCUGUUCUCCAGGAAAGUUUUGCAAUGGAAUCUGAUGGUUACAAAGAGGCUGGUUUCAUUGUAAGCAAGCAACCUGCAAGUUGGAAUGAAGAGAGCUGUUGGACAAUGCUUUCACAUGAAAAUUUCAAAGAAUCUUCAAUAAAUAAUAACUUGACUGAUGCAGAUAAAAGCAGCUCUUUGUUUUCAGAACCUUUCAGCGUAAACUUUGAGUUAGAUGAGAUUUGGGGCGAUUACGACGACAGUAGCCUUGUGGACGCCAGCACAUUUUGUACUGAUAUGGAGAAAACUAAGACUUCAGAAUCUUCUCAUCUGGGAUCUAUAAAUACAUGCUUCCAGAACACCCAGAACCAAACUGCACAAAGCAAAUCUCCUGGUGCACUUUUAAAAAGUUUUUCAAUAUUUAAAGAGAAACCUGAUAUCUGCCUGCCAGAAUCUACUUCUCCAUCAUUAACUCCACCAUCAAGUGUGAAACCACUUGCUCAAUAUGGCAAUAAAAAAAUUUUUUGCUUUCGAGAAGAAUAUAAUCUCCCACAAAAACCAAAACCUGUACAGUUGACUACAACCUCAGGUUCUUGCCAAGUUACUGGAAAGGAGGGCUUUCUUAUUAGUAAGAAGAAAAUGACAGAAGAGGCUGACCACAGGCAACAGCUUUCUGAUGAUGAUGCAAUUAAGCUUUACCUUGGGAUAUUUGAUGGCAUUUUCUAAGACCAGUAAACCAAACGUACAUGAAGCAUAAGCACUCAUUUUGAGGAUGAGAUCUUCAAAUACCGAGUCUGGAUUUUCUACUUUUGAUGUAUAGUAUAGCAGUUCAUUAAUAGUCAGUUUUGCUACAUACAUUAAUGACCAGAAUACUAUAUGGUUUGCUUGCAGUAUUUAAUGUACAAUGCAUUUUAAUAGUUAUUUAAAUAACUUUGUUUACAUGAGGUUUCUGUUCAAAAUAUUGUAGAAGAUAAAGCCCUUUGCAAGCCUUUUAUUAAAGGGAUUGUUUUUGAGCCAAGGUAUUUGUUUUGUUUCAAAUUAUACCUAGUCUUAUUCUUGGAAAAAAGAUUAUCCGUGUAAUAUGCAUUUCCUAGGUAAAUACAUUUGUGAACAAUGCCUGUGUUAUCCCUGGAAAAAAUAUCUUCUUGGUAGGAUUUCUUUUUAUUGAGCAGUUAUUCGCAUUAAACUUUUUUUUUAUAAUGACUAUACAUUAUGUGAAACAAUGAGUUUUUAAAAUAAAAUGGAAUAAAGUUAGUUUGCAACCUCUG